ACGCGAUUAUAAUUAUCUUUACGUUAGUCUUCGACAUGGACAUUAUGGAAUCUUCAGGUUACAGAGAUUUUGUGUGGGCAGUUGAACUUCAUCGUUUAGGCUUGGAAGUGAUUGGCUUGUGGCCGAAAACCGAACAAUUCACUAAGAAAUGCUUGUGGCCAGAAAUUCGGGUCGGUAUUGUUUUAAUUUUAUUAAUAUUUAUUUUUAUUCCGAUGAUAAGUAUGGUUAUCCAUGUUUGGGGCAAUAUGGUACUCGUAAUAGACAGUUUACAUUUUACGUUACCCCUGGUGACAGUAUUAGCAAAAUAUGUAAUUAUGCGAUGGAAAAGAACAGGUACGUGCAAAAUUAUUUAAAACAAAA